AUGAAGAUCCGUAAGCUCUACGGUUUAUUAAAAAAAAUUUAUUAUGAAAAACGAAAAGAUUUCUUCCUUUAUUUUUUCUUUUUGUUAAUUCCGUUUUUGUUAAUAUCAUUCCAUUUAUUUUUAAGAAAUAUCAGUGACAAAUAUUCCUUAGAAAUAUAUAAUACAUCCUCGCCAAAUGAUAAAAUUAAUUUGAACGAUACAAUAAGACAAUAUGUCUUAUUUUUAAGUAAUGAAUUGUGUUCAAAAGAAAUAAAUGAUGAGAUUUAUGUUAACCACAUUUGUUUAACACCGGGCAAUGAGCUUAUGAAAGACUUUUUAUCAUAUGCAGAAAAUAACGAUUUAAAUAUUUUUAAAUUAUAUAAUUCAGAAGAAGAUUGUCUGAAGAAUUUAAAAUAUGCCAUUGAAUUAAAAUCAGAAGAUUUUAAAAACGUGAAUUCACUUGAAUUAAAUGAUGAUAUAUUAAAUAUACAUGAAAAUGAUAAGAACAGUUUAUUAUAUAAUUUACAUACAAAUAUAAUAAACUUAAAAUCAUCCGAAUUUAAUAUAAACGAUUUAUAUAAAGAUGUAUAUACAGAAAAUGAAUUUGAAAAUAUAAAAAAUUUGAAAAUAAACCCACAUAUAUUAAAAGUGGUUAAAAAUACAGAAUUUUAUAAAAACUUUAUUAAAGAUAUAAAAAAUUUAAAAAAUGAAAAUCACUAUACGCAAUAUUUUAAUGAUGACCGAAAAAAAUUAUUUUUUUAUAAUUUUGUAAAAAAUAAUUUAGUGGAAACAAAAUAUUCUUGUGGUUUAUUAAGUGUAGAAAAUGUAAAUUAUUAUAAGAAACAAAAAAAUGUGAAGUUUUCUUAUUUGUUUGGUUUAUCACCACAAAGUGAAGGCUUUAAGGGAAAAGGGUUAUAUAAAAAUGCACCCUUGUAUAAUAAAUAUGAGAACAAACAAUAUGGAAACCCAUUUCACUUAUAUUAUCCGUAUGUUACAUUAGAAAGUGACAAAAAAAUAAAUGAAAAAAAUGAAAGAAAUGAAAAAAAUGAAAGAAAUGAAAAAAAUGAAAGAAAUGAAAAAAAUGAAAAAAAUGGAAAAAAUGAAAAAAAUAAAGACAUAUUAUCAUCUACAAAUAAUAAUGUAGUAAUGAAGAAUGGUAUACAAUCAUACCAUAAUAAUAAUUCCAUCAACAGCAACGACGACCAAAAAAAAAAAAAUAAUAAUAAUAAUAAUUAUUAUUAUUAUAAUAAUCCGGAUGGAUUAAUUACUAAUGUUAAGUAUAAAAUACGUGUAGGUGAUUAUGCUUUAUUAAAUUCUAAUGAGAAAUAUUUUUUCAAUGAUAUAAAUAUAAAUUUGAAACAGAAUUUCAUAAAUUUUAACACAGUCGAUGAUUUGUCAUUUAAUAUUUAUUUCAAUGAAUGGUAUUAUUUUAGUUUUUUUAUUGUAUUAGAAUAUCAAUUUAAUUCGUUUAUUUUAAAUUAUAAUGCGGACAUAUUAAAAAAGAAUAAUUUGUUAACACCUAGAUAUGAUGAGAUAAAUGAAUUAAAUAAAGAAAGGGAAAUAACUAUGGAAUAUAAAAAAACAGAUGAAAAGGAGUAUCAGGUUAAUAAUGAAUAUAUUAAUGAAAAUGUUGGAUAUGAUGAGAAAGGUGGAAAAUAUAAAACUGAACUCAAAUUAAAUGACUUUUUUAUAUACAAGAUGCCAAUGAAAAGCAUGAAAAUUAAUGCAUUUGAUACUUUUGAAAAAAACAUAUUUCGGGUAGUUGUAUUUUUAUGUGUAUGUUUAUUUAUUGUAAACAUAUGUUUCGAUAUAAAUAAAGAGAGGAAAAUUAAUAUAGAGAAUUUCUUAUGUUGUCUUAAAAUAAAUAAAUAUUAUUAUUACUAUUCUUGGCUUUUAUUUUAUUUUAUUAUAUUAUUUUUUUAUAAUAUUAUAUUUACCCUAGUUGUAUAUUUUUAUGUAUAUAAAUGUUUAAUGAAUUACUUUAUCCUUUUCUUUCUAAUAUAUUUUUUUUUAAUGAAUAGUUUAUUAUUUACAAUUAUAUGCAUGCAAUUCUCUAAUAAUAGUUCCAUCAAUUAUAUAGCUACCUUUUUAUUAUUCUUCUUAUUUUCCUCAUUCCGUUUAAUUAUACAUUCAGGUGCGAGUAAUAUACUUACCUUCUUUGUACUCUUGAUACCGCAUUCGUCAUUUUGUUUGUCUCUUGAUUUUAUAUUUAUAUUAAUAAAGAAUAAUAUAAAAAUAGAUUACAAGCAGUUGUUUAUAAAAUUUGAAAACAUCAGCUUGAUGCAUUUAAUUAUAUGUUCCAUAGUAUCUUUUGUUUUAUUAAUAUGUAUAUUGAAUUAUAUAAUAUAUUACAAGAGGAAGAAGAUGAAUAUGUUAAAUACUAAAUACAGGGGUAAGAGUAAAAGUAUAACGAAUGACAAAAGAAAAAAAUCACAACAGAAAACAUAUGAAUAUGGAAAUAUUAAUUAUGAUAUGUCGGAAAAGUAUCCAACUCAUCAAUUAAAAGACAACAGUAAUGAUUUCAUGCUUGAAGGAAGUGAUGAAGAUGACACAUGUUACGAAUUAGAUACAUUACAUAAAAAACAGGUGAAUAGUCAAAUGUGUUUAAGGAUUGAAAAGAUAAGAAAUGAUAGAAGAGAAUCGAAUGGUCAUCCCUAUGACAUUCCCAUGAUACCUCUUCGACACAACAAUAAUAUAAAUAAUAAUAUAAAUAAUAAUAUAAAUAAUAAUAUAAAUAACAAUAUAAAUAAUAAUAUUAAUAACAAUCAGCAUCGUAAUAAUCAAUGCUAUUUAAUUAUUCAGAAUGUUAAUAAAUUUUAUGGAAAGAAACACGCAUUAAAAGAUGUCUCGUUAACCCUUAGAAGUAACCGUAUUUUUGUACUGCUAGGAGAAAAUGGGUCUGGAAAAUCUACAUUAAUUAAUAUCAUAACCAAAAUGAUUAGUAAAGAUAGUGGUGAAAUCAAUUUUUUUAAAAAUAGUUAUAAAAAUAAAAAAAAAGAUAUUUAUAUGGAUGUUAAUAAAAAUAGAAGAAAUGGAUUAUGUGGUCGUAUAUGUUCAAAUGGUUAUAUUAAAGAAUUUGUUAUGAAUCGAAUUUUCAAAAGAAAUUGUAAUGAUACCAACAAUUAUGAUAAUAAUAGUAAUAAUAAUAAUAAUAAUGAUAAUCAUAAUGAUAAUCAUAGUAACAAUAGUGGUAUAAACAGUAGUUUUAAUAAUAAUAAUAAUGUACAUAAUAAAAAUAUAAAAAAUGAUUUAGAAAUUAGUUAUUGCAGUCAGAAUGUUAUAUUAUAUGAAAAUCUUACAUUCUAUGAAACUAUAAAAAUAUUUUUAUUAUAUUAUAAUAAAAAUGUAGAUAAAUAUUUAAAUAAGAAAAGGACAUUAAAAAUUAUGAAUGAUUUAGAUUUAGUACAAUAUUUAAAUGAUCAAAUAAAAAAUCUGAUGGAUGAAGUAAAAAAGAAAAUAUCCAUAUUUAUAUGUUUUCUUGUUAAAAGAGAUAUAUAUAUAUUAGAUGAACCUUUUAUAGCAUUAGAUAUAAAAACAAAGACAAAGUUGUUCAAAUUUUUCGAUAAAAUCAAAAAGAAUAAUAUUAUCUUUAUAUGUACUCAUGAUAUAUACGAAGCAAACAAUUUUGCUAAUGAUAUAGCAGUUAUAAAGAGUGGUCAAAUUAUUUUUAAAGGUUCAAAAAAUUCAUUCCAGAAAUUAAUUGAAUAUAAAUUUACUUUAAAUAUACAAUUUAAUGGGUUACCAAAUGAGGAACAGACAAAUUAUUUGAGUCAAGAAAAAAUUAUGUCUGCCUUGAAUAAAAAGGGUGUUAUAAAAUCGCCAAGAAAAGUAGCUAAUAAUUAUGUGGAUGGUUAUAAUGUUGGAAGGAUAUCAUCGCAUGAAAGUAGUAUUAAUGACAAGAAGAAGGAUAAUAAUGAUAAUAAUAAUGAUGAUGAUAAUAAUAAAAACAAUAGUGUAGACCAUAUCGAUCAUCUGUUUGAUAUUCUUGUUACAAAUAUCAAUGAAUUUACAAAUAAUAGAGAUAUCAUUAAAAAGAAUAUUAUAAAAUUUAUUAAAGGUACAAGAAAUGAAAAUAAGAAUUGUUUCAUAUUUUUUAAUGAAAAUCAUAUAUAUUGUACUUACAAAAUAAAUGAAUUAGAGUCAUUAAAAAAGUUAUUAUGUGUCUUAAACAAAUUUAAAAAUAUAUUAACAUAUCAAUUAAAAACAAUAGAUAUAUAUUAUACUUAUAUAUAUAUUUAUACAUUGAAUGAAAAAAAAAAAUUAUUAAAAAAUAUUCAAGAUAAAGAUAUUAAAUACUUAAUUGAAAUUGAUCCAUUAUUUUUCUUAUUCUUUCAAAAUUUUAAAUAUUUUAAUGAACUCAAUAAUUUAUUACUAAUGAAGAAUAACCAUAUGCAACCUAUUUCUUAUAAUUUUGCAUAUUUAAGGGAUAUACUAGUAAGAGGUAAUGAAAAUAAGAAUAUUAUUAAUAGUACUAAUCAUGAUGAUAAUCCUUAUGAUAUUAAUAUGUAUAAUAAUCAUAAUAAAUAUGGUAAAUAUAAAAAUAAUAAUAAUAAUAACUCUUUUUAUAACAUGAGAGAUGAUACAGAAUUGACAGACAUUGAAGAAAAUAUAUCAAGUAAAAAAAAAAAAAACAAAUUUAUAGAAAAGGAGUUCAGUUAUAAUACAUAUCGUAAUAAUAAAAAUAAUGAUGAAAAUGAUGAAUAUGGUGAAUAUGAUAAUUAUGAUGAUAAUAUGAUAAUGUCGAAUACUUCAAAUAUUAUGAAAAAGAAGAAUAUAAAAAAACAAAAUAUUUUUAAAACAUGUAUAAACUUUUUCACAACAUAUAUUAAGCCAACCUUAUUAUUAAAAUUGAAAAAAGAUUUAGGUAGCUCAAGUUUUUAUUGGUACAAAUUUAUCGUACCUUUAUUUCUUUUAUCCUUUGGUCUUUUAAUAAUAAAAUGUGUGUCUUUGUUUGGAAAGGUGCAAAAUAUUGAUUUGGAUUACUCCACAAUAAGUUCUAAUCAUUUAAAACAAAGUACGAUUAAUUAUUUUAUAUUAUAUAAGAAUGAAAUGAAUAACAAUGAAACGUUGGGUUAUAAUAAAUAUAAUUUAAAUGAUGAUAAUAUAAAGAAAAAUUUGAAUAAUUCUUAUGAUAAGAUUUUGAAGAAAUUAGAAACUAAACAAGAUGAUAAUGCAGAGGAAUCUCACAUUAAUAAUAAUGAUCAUAAUGAUAAUAUAAAGGACAUUUUAAAAUUAGAAAACAAUGAAUAUAAUUAUAACAAAUUAAUACAUGAAAACUCAUUUAAUUAUUAUAACAGUACAAUAAAUUCUCUUUUACAAAAAUAUUGCUUAAAAGAAAAAAUAAACUAUAUAGAUGAACCCUUAAUCGAAGAUAAUUUAUAUGAUAGUAUAAAUAAUUAUUUAGAAAAGAAAGCUAAUCAUGAAAAUGAAAUAUCUUUAGGUACCUUUGCUUUUUUAAUAACAGAAAAGAAAGCAGAUAAUAGUGAUAAUAAGGAAGAUGUAGAAACGUUGGAGACAAGAAAUGAUACGGAUGUUAAUAAAGAAGUGGAAAUUAAUAUAAAUUUGUUUUAUAACUAUACUUCUAUCCAUUCUUAUGCAUACUACACCAAUUCAUUAUUCAAUAUGCUGUCCGAUUUUCAAAAUAUAUUAAACAAGAAAAGUGGUAAUAAAAAUAUUAUUUUGGAUGGUAGUACAUAUGAUAAUAUUAAAGUUGUUGAAGAUGUGAAAGGUAAUUGUGAUAUGAAUACAUUAUUAUAUGACAAAGAAAAUAAAUAUAAUUAUUUGAUAAAAGAUAUAGAUAAUAAAAAUAUUAGAGAAGAAUGUAAUGCAAAUUUUAGAUUAUCAAAGAAUGUAUCAUAUAAUAAUAAUGAAGAGGAGGAAGAUAUAAAUGGAAAUAUAAAUUAUAAUGAUAGUAAUAAUAUAUAUAUUACACCAAAAAAAAAUAAUAAAGAAGAAGAAAAUAAUUUCCUUGUUAAGAAAUUAAAGAAAAGAAUUGAUACAUUAAAUGAACCCUUUAAUAUAAAAUUUCAUGAACAUUUCAUGAGAGAUUUUUAUAUUAAUAUAUAUGUAUUUUUAUCUAUAGUAAUAUUUUUUUGUGUAUUUUUUGAAAGAUUUAAGAAUGAAAUUGAGAAUAGGAAAAUCUUUGAAAAUUUCCAUGUCCAUCAAUAUAUACAUUAUUUUCAAAUAUUACUAUUAGAAUAUUUAUAUUAUUUUAUAUAUAUAUUAUGUUUAUUUAUAGUUUUAUAUAUAUUUGAUUAUAAAGAAUUUUUAUUUAUGUCAUUUUUUUGUUUCUUAUUAUUAUAUGGUUUUAAUAUAUUUUUAUCUAUAUGUUUAUUUUCCUCUUUAUAUUUACAUAGUUAUAUUUUAUUUUUGUUUUUCAAUUUCAUUUUCUGUGGUAUAAUUAGUAUUGUCAUAUAUGUGUUGGUAAUUUUAUCAUAUGCAUAUAAUAAUGAGAUAUUAAUAAAUUUAUCUCAUGUGUUAGUAUGUAUAUUCAGAAUAUUUGAUUCCUUUGCUUUAUCUCAUGUAUUGAAUAUAAGAAGUUUAUGCUUAAACGUGAAACGUCAUAUGAAACAUAUUGAUGAAGAUAUAAUGUAUGAAGAUAUGAGUAAUUCAAAUAAUUUCGUUAUAUUUGGCUGUUUCAAAAAGGUAUAUAAUCAACUAUCAGGAGACAAUAAUCUAAAUAUUUCAGAUGGCAUACAAAGUGUUUGUGAAGAUUCGAAUUCUUUUUUUAAUACAAGUGGAGAUUUUGUAUUCUUAUUAAUCAAUUGUAUUAUUUAUUUGUCUAUUGUUUUUUAUAAGUUGUUACAAAUUAUACCAUCCAAGGAGCGCACAGACAAAAAAAACGAAAGCGAAAAAACGAAUUAUGAAGAAAUUAUUUUAAACAAUUCAUAUAAUGUAGGUGUACAAAGAAAAAAAGAACAAAAAAAAAACAGAUAUACAUUUUUUUUAAAAAAUUUUUAUUUAUCUAAUAAGGAAUAUAAACAACCCAAAGAAAAUUAUGAAAAAAAUAGGAAUCCAUUUUUUUAUUUCAUUCAAAAAUUGUUUAAUUUAAAAAGAGGAAAUAACGUAGAUGAAAAUAAUACAACAAUGGGUAUUUAUAAAUAUGGAGAAAAGGUAGAUAGUAAUAAUUAUAUAUCUGAAGAUGAAAUUAAUAUAAAUAAUCAAUUAAAUUCUGAAGGAUAUUUAAAAAAUGAUAUAUAUAUGAACGAAUUGAAUGAUAAUUAUAAUAAUGAUUUUGAUGAUAAUACAGUCGAUAUAGAAAUGCAGAUAUCCGAGAAAUCAAAUAUAAAAGAAAAAAUGUUAUAUAAAGAAACAGAAAUAGAUAAAUAUUAUAAAGGACAAUCAGAUGAUGAUAAUGAUGAAGAAAAAAAUUUUAAUAAAAUUAGCCAAAAAUAUAUUUUAAAAAAUUUAAAUAUUAAAAUGCGUCCAUACAAAAUAUAUACAUUUUCGUCUAUAUUUAAUAACGAUUUAAAUAUUUUAUAUUUUUUUAAAUAUUUUUUUUGUAAUAAUAAAGAUAAUUUAAAAGGAAGUUUACAAACAAUAGCAUAUGGACAAAAUUAUGAAAUUAAUAAUAAAUUUAUUAAUAAAAAAAAUCAAAAUGAACAUAUUUCAGAAAAAAUUCAAAAAAUGAAUGAAAGAGAUUACAAGAUUGAAUUAAUUCCGACCAUGUCUAUUUAUGAACAUUUUAAAAUAAUUUUAACUUUUAAAAAUAUUGAAUUAACAAAUGUGGAAUUAAAAUAUAUUAUCAACUUAUUAAUGUUAAUUGUAAAUUUAAAAUGUGAUAUACAUAUUAAUUGUAAUCAAUUAAGUGGAGGUAUGAAAAAGAAAGUAGAAUUGAUGAUUAAUUUGUUGAGAGAUGAUAAAAUAAUCUUUUUAUACAAAUUAAAUGAUAAUAUAGAUUUCUGUUCACAAAUAUAUAUCAACAUUAUUUUAAAAAAUAUUCUAUUAUAUAAUUGUGAAGAAGAUGAACAUAAAGAUGAAUAUAAAGAUGUAUAUAAAGAUAAAUAUAAAGAUGAAUAUAAAGAUGAAUAUAAAGAUAAAUAUAAAGAUGAAUAUAAAGAUGAAUAUAAAGAUACAUAUAAAGAUUACGAAGGUUACAAAUAUUACGAAGAUCGUGUUUAUGAACAAGACAUACAAUUAUAUAAAGGAGAAGGGAUUUACACAAAUGAUGAGAACCAGUUUGAUGAUUAUAUAGAUAAGUAUUCAUUAUAUGAUUUAAGAGGAAAAGAAGAUCGUAAACAGUUAAGAGAAAAUAUGCUGAAAGGACGACAUGGUAAAAAUAAUUAUAAAUUUGAUGAAUCAAACGACAUUAGUUAUACAUCUAAUGAUGUAUUAAAAGGUGAUGAUGACAUGUUGAGUUUAAGAAGGAAUACUAAAGAAUCCAAAAGGAAUAAAAAUAAAAUUAAUAAAAAGAAGAAAAAGGAAAAUGAAUUAAUUUUAGAAACAUAUGAUAUCGAGAAAACAAAUAUGAAUCAACUAGGAAGUAACUUAAGCAACAGUAAUUAUUUAGAAUGCAAUAUUUCAUCUAACAUGAACAGUGUUAAUGAACCUAUAAUUCAUUCAUUUAUAAAAGAAAAUAUAUUAAAAAUAAAAUUUGGAAUUGAAAAUUUUGUUAUAUAUACACAUAUAUAUACAGAUAUAUUAUAUUAUGAUUAUUUAUAUUUAUUUAAUAAAAAUAAAAUAACAUAUAAGAAUUAUACAACAAAUAUAAAAAACAAUUUUAAAAAGUUUUAUUCAUUUCAAAUAAAAUUAAAAGGUAUACGUGACAGUAAAAUUAUUGAUUAUGUUCAUAUGUUUUUUUCAAUCAAUAAACAUGCUUUUGCACGCUUUGAAAAGGUUAUAAAAAAAAUGGAUGAUAAAAAUUCAAAGAAGCCAAAAAAAAAAAAAAAAAAACUCAUCUCACCAGAAGAUAUGCCGUCCAAUUCUAUUAUUUUAUUCCUUGAAAAUAAUGUUAAAAGAAAUGUGUUAAAUGUACAUAAUUUAUAUUAUAUAUUUAAAACCAUGAAAAAAAAGAAAUACAAUAGUAAAAAGAAAAAAGGAAAUCUAAUUAGUUUAUGUAAAUUUCAUAAAAUAUUACUUAACUUGAUGAUAGAUAAAUAUUCAUAUUUACAUUCUUAUUUAAGCCGAAAUAAAUAUAUAUCAAUUUUUCACCUAUUCAAGUUUGCUAUAUGUGAAGUGGCUUAUCAAAAUAUACAAAAGUUUAUAAUUAAAUAUAAAGGGAUAAAAAAAGUUUAUUCAGAGAUAACUUCUAUGAAUAACUAUGUUUUUAUAUUGAAAAUUUAUGACAAUAAGCAUAUUUUUAAAAUUUUGGAAAUGGACAAGAGACUUAAGUUUAACGACAAAGAUAUCGAGGUUGAACAGAUAGACAUCAAUAAUGUAAACGCAAACGAUAUAUUUUUGUUAAUGUUUAAGAAAUUGCUUUAA